AUGUCUCUCCGUUUUCUCCACGAGCUGAACAACGCAAGUACCACUCCACAGCCAGGCAGUAGAUGGCGACCGGAAGAAGACGAGAAACUUGUAAGGCUUCUGGCUUGGGGCAGUACCUGGGCAGCAAUCAGCAAUGCGCUCCCGGGGCGAAGUCAAACGAGCUGCAUGAUGCACUAUCGCCAAACCUUGGCUCAUCGAAUGCGGCUCGGCUUAAAUCCGGUUGUUCAAACAUAUGCCCGACACCGAGCGCGAAUCUGGGAAGACAUCGGCAAGGAAUUAUCGGUCUCGGCGGAUGAAGCAGAGACCAUGUUUCUGUACCUAUGCCGGGAAAGCCCGACCAUGUUGCAGAAAAACGGAACACUGCCUCCUAUAGCUAGUCAAACGAAUGAGGAAGUAGCUUAUCGCUUAGCUCGGAACACGCCUCAGAUCAAAAAAGAACCCUUAGUAAUGGAAGACCCAGGGGAGGAAAUGCUUUGGGAGAUGCAGGACCAGUACGUUAUUUGGACUAGUACGGCUUGUAUCAAGGACUGGUACGAUAUUCGAACCAUUACGACCACAGGCCCAGUACUAGUACGGCUUGGACCAGUACAGGCUCGGAUCAGUCCAAGUUUCGUACCAGUACGGGUUCCAAUCACGGACUGGUACGGUAUUCGAACUAGUACGGACUGGGACCCCGUACCAGUACCAUCUGCGACCGGUACGGUUGUGGACUCCGUUCCAGUACGACCCGGGACCAGUACAGCGUGGAGCCCGUACCAGUACCAUCUUGGACCAGUGCGGUCUAGGACCAGUACGGGUUACGGUUGUCGGCUCCGUACCAGUACGAUCCCAGAUCAGUACGACCUUGGAACAGCACGGAUUAGGACCACGUACUGGUGCGAACCCAGACCAGUACGACUCGAGACUAGUACAGCCUUGGAUGGCGGACCAGUACGUGCCCAACCCACCGACUGGUACGAUACCCGUACCAGUACGGCACUAGACCAGUACAGCUAUGGACCCCGUACUAGUACGUCCUCAGACUGGUACGUGCUCGCAGUACGGACUAGUACAAGAUUUGGACCAGUACAGUCAUCUGCGCCGUGCCAGGCUCGGAUCGCCUAUAGAUUAGCACCCCGUACUAGCACAGCUUCGCACUACGUACUAGUACGAGAUUUGGGCCAGUACGACCUUGGACUGGUACAGGAGACAGGAGACCGGCCCCUUACGGGAUCCGCCAAUGCCUUUUCAGAACGAGCUUGA